GCAGCGCCAAUAACUCACUAGAACGCGAACUAUCGCCGUGGACGGAUGUGCAAACGCGCAAAAGUCGUAAAAUAAUAAAAUAUUUUACAAAGAAUAUAAAGUAAAUAAAAGUGAGAAUAUCAUACAAACAUAAAUCCAAAAACAACCAAGAAAAGAAUUUUUCAACUCACAAAUUCAAAGAAAUUUGGAAACGGAAAUCGAAAUUUGAAAAGCCGAUUUUCGAGAAACUGUGAUACGAAAGUAGAAUCGGUAUCAGACGAGUACAUUCUUGCAGUUUCAUAGCUGAAUGUACUCUGACUAUUGCUUUAAAGCUUUAAAAAAAAAACAAUUCAUACAAAACUUGUGCAAAAAUUUGAAACAAUUUCAUUAACAUUGGAUAAGUCCACAGUGUGCUAAAAGCUACAAAGAUUUUAAAGCGUUGGACGGUCUUAGUAGGUCAGAAACUCGGUUGAUUGUUUUUAAACAUUUCCAACCCAAUUCCAUUAAUAAAUCGGCCAAAUGAGUGUCGAAGAGGACGAUCACGUUCUACAAACUUAAAGGUCCAUUUUUAAUUACAACAAUAACAAACCUGUAAUGGACUGGCUAUUGGCAACGCCACAAUUAUGUAGCGCCUUUUCUUCAUUGGGUUUCCUUGAGGGGGAUACCUAUGUUGUUAGUCCUGAUGCAUUAUCAAUACUGGAGGAAAUUAACUAUAAACUCACCUAUGAGGAUCAAACUUUACGCACCUUUCGUCGUGCCAUCGGUUUCGGCCAAAAUGUGCGUUCCGAUUUGAUACCGCUGCUAGAGAAUACCAAAGACGAUGCUGUACUCGAUUCGGUCAUACGCAUUUUGGUUAAUUUGACUGUGCCUGUAGAGUGCCUUUUCUCCGUCGAUGUUAUGUAUCGCACCGAAGUCGGUCGUCAUACCAUCUUUGAGUUGAAUAAGUUACUCUAUACGAGUAAGGAGGCUUUUACCGAUCCGAAGAGCACAAAAUCGGUUGUUGAAUAUAUGAAACAUCUGCUGGAGUCCGAUCCGAAAUUGUCACUACAAAAAUGUGACAAAAUCAACAACUGUUUGCUGUUGCUGCGCAAUGUCCUGCACAUACCAGAGACAAAUGUGAACUUUGUAAUGCCCUCAGCUCAUAAUCAACAGAGUGGUUCACAUCCGGUGUCAAUGCAAAAUGCGAUUCUAUGGAAUCUCUUCAUACAAAGUAUCGAUAAGCUGUUGCUUUAUCUGAUGACAUGUCCGCAGCGUGCAUUUUGGGGUGUCACUAUGGUGCAGCUGAUCGCAUUGAUGUAUAAAGAUCAACAUGUCAGCACGCUUCAGAAGCUGUUGAAUUUGUGGUUUGAAGCUUCGCUAUCGGAGAGUUCGGAGGAUAAUGAGAGUAAUACCUCACCACCGAAACAGGGUAGCGGAGACUCCAGUCCAAUGCUCACGUCGGAUCCCACUUCUGAUUCCUCGGACAAUGGUAGUAACGGCUGCAAGAACGAGAGCGCUGAAGAUCGACGUCAAGCCAUGCGUGAGGAGGCGACCGAAGCCACUUUGCUGGAAGUUAGCCGCAAGGGACAUGAAUAUCAAAACUCAAUGAUGUGUGAUGGGCAUGUGAAGGAGGAGGUAGAUGAUCUAGACUUGGCUAGCGUUGAUAAUAAUCAUGAUUGCGAACGGCUAUGCACAUCGGGAGAUGGAGAAACGUCAUCAUUAACAUCGAUCAAGGUUGAAGCAAUGGAUGAGAUGGCUGAUGGCGAGGAUGGGAGAGGUGGCUGUUGCAUGGGCGAUGAUGGUUCACCACAAGCGUGCAAUAUGAGCACUGAUUGUCAAAACCAAAAACAAAAACAACAAAAACCACACCAACCAGCUAAACCUACUCAAAGCACUACCAACACCACCGAUGCAGACUCUGCGAAAUUCAAAGCGCCAGCAAUUCUUAUCAAACCCAAGCCGCUCUCGCAAAUGAUGGCCGAUACGCACACCUCAGAACCCGAUCCGCCACCGAAAAUUUUCCAAAAGGUACCGCAUUCGGGUCAAUUGAAUUUGACAAAGGGCAAGAGCUGUCCGCAAAAGCGUGAGUGUCCCUCCUCACAGUCGGAGCUCUCAGACUGUGGCUAUGGUACGCAAGUAGAGAAUCAAGAAUCCAUAUCCACUUCGAGCAAUGACGAUGAUGGCCCACAAGGUAAGCCGCAACAUCAGAAGCCGCCAUGUAACACCAAGCAACGCAGCAAACAACGCAUUGUUAUGGCGAUGGUGGACAAAAAGGAGUUGCGGCGUAAGAAACUCGUUAAGCGGAGCAAGAGUAGUCUCAUCAAUAUGAAAGGACUGGUGCAACACACACCCACCGAUGAAGAUAUAUCCAACUUGUUGAAAGAGUUCACAGUCGACUUUCUACUCAAAGGUUACAGUUGCCUGGUGGGCGAGUUGCACUCACAGCUGCUCACCAAUAUCAAAAUACCCAUUGACACUUCGCACUUCUUUUGGCUCGUCACUUAUUUUCUAAAAUUCGCCGCCCAACUAGAGCUGGAUAUGGAGCAUAUAAGUGCGGUGCUCACCUUUGAUGUCAUCAGCUAUCUAACCUAUGAAGGUGUCUCCCUUUGUGAACAACUAGAAUUGAAUUCCCGUCAGGAGGGUAGUGAUCUGAAACCAUAUUUGCGACGCAUGCAUUUGGUCGUAACGGCAAUACGCGAGUUUCUACAGGCCAUCGAAACCUAUAAGAAAGUUACCCAUCUGAGCGAGGAUGACCGUUUACACUUGCGACGCCUACAAACACAAAUCAGCUCCACCGAAGACUUACGUUGUCUCUUCGUAUUGCUCUUGCGACGUUUCAAUCCAAAUCUACACACCAAACAGUAUCUACAGGAUUUGGUUGUAACCAAUCAUUUAUUGCUUUUAAUAUUGGAUUUCAUAACACAAACCGAGGGCGAUACGAGCAUUAAGAUGACGGAGCAUAUUGCCCAAUUCGCCACACUCGAGGUGAUGAACUAUUAUGGCAUGCUGCUGGAGGAUUUCAAUAAUAAUGGUGAAUUCGUCAACGACUGCAUCUUCACAAUGAUGCAUCAUGUGGGUGGUGAUCUCGGUCAGAUUGGUACAUUAUUUCAGCCGAUCAUAUUGAAAACUUUCUCACGCAUUUGGGAGACCGAUUAUGAGUUGUGCGAUGACUGGUCCGAUCUUAUUGAGUAUGUCAUACACAAAUUCAUAAAUACGCCUCAAAAGAGUCCAUUAUCCUUGCCAAAAGCCUCAUUGACCGAAUUGACCAAGGAACAUAAUCUGGAAAAUACAGUGUGCGCCUGGACUCAAGAGGAAAUGGACACAUUAUAUUGGUAUUAUGUGCAAAGCAAGAAGAGUAACGAUGUUGUGGGCAAGAUUGUCAAAUUGUUCAGUAAUAAUGGUAAUAAGCAGAAGUCACGCAUCUCGAUCAUACAGCAAUUGCUGCAGCAGGACAUUAUCACCUUACUGGAGUAUGAUGAUCUGAUGAAAUUCGAAGAUGCCGAAUAUCAACGCGCUCUAUUAACCACGCCAACUUCCACUUCGACCGAAUCGGGCAUUGAGUUGAAGAAUUCUUCGACAUUUGCCAAACCUUCUGAUGACAUUCAAAUUUUACGUGAUCUUAUCAUUAAAGAGAAUAAAGAAAAACAUUUAAUUUGGCUUCAGAAAAUCUUAUUGGAAUGUUGUUAUAUAAAAUUGAUUUUGAAAAAUUGUCUAGAACGUGAAGAUCGUCAAAAUUUACAAUAUGUCAUGGAACCGGUGGCCUAUCAUUAUAUAUUGAAAAACAAGUCGAUUCCCGUUGUGCAAUGGAACAGUGAUCAGGCAACAACAAUGCUCUAUCAACCGUUUGUGCUACUCUUACAUAAGCUAGGAUUCCAGUUACCAGCUGAUGCGGGAUCGGUGUUCGCACGAAUUCCCGACUUUUGGACGACAGAGAUGAUGUUUAGUUUGGCGCGUAAAUUGGGACCGUUGGACAAAUUGUUGAUCAAGUUCGAUAUGAGUCAGUUUGAGGAAGCAAAUGCCAUAGAGCUGCAACGUUGCCAUCAUGCAACAGCAGCGCGCGGUUCGCUCAGCUCAAUGUCCAGUUUGGAAAUGGAAAUCGGCGGUUCCGAUGAGUAUACGACUUUGGGUGGAGUUGGUGGAGGAGUUGCAACUGAAAAUACAAAUGGUAGUGGAAUUAGUAACGCCAGCGGAAAUAGCAGUGGCAGAGGUAGCAUUAGUAGACGGUUGAGUAGUGGCAGUGGCAGUAUAUUGGCGCCGGUACCCGAGGUCGAUGCCAAGCUGGAGAAGGCGAGCGCGUCCAAUGAUGUAUUUGCUGUACCCAAAUCGAAACAUUGCAAUCCGAUUAUAAGAUUCACGCCAGAGCCUGCCCCAUUGCCGCCUUUGCCAAAUUGGUUGCAAUUAGUGAUGAAAAGCAAAGUAAAUAUAAAUUCAGUAACAACAGAAGAUAAUAUUGCUCAUAAUGUCCAAAAUACCGUUGCGGCAACAAACACAGUUGAAAGCACAAGCACACCAGAAAUUCCAUCAGCAUUGGUGACAACUGCUUCAGCAACAACACCGACAACAUCAACGGCAACGAUAACAACAACACAACAACAGAAUAUUUUAGUUACGGCUACAAAUGCAACGGUUGCAUUGGUGCCAAAUACAACAAUACUAAUCCCCACAGACCAGUGUCCAUCCGUCAACAAUAUAAUUGGAUUGAAUAAUGAGACGAAUAACAAUAAUAGCAACAGUAAUAAUAACAAUGGUAGUAGCAGCAGCAACAACAUCAACAACAGCAACAACGGCAACAACAGGAGCAACAACAGCGAAUGCAGCACAAAGAGUAACAAAAACAAAAAUGUCAACAAUUUAAGCGAACUCAAUAAUGACAGCAACAUGCAUACCAACAAUAGGAACCAUAAUAAUACCAACAACAACAAUAACAUGAAAACAGUUGAUGUUUGUGUUGGUAGCAGCAGUUAUACAGGCAGGGAGAGCAGCAACAGCAAUACAUUCGUCAACAAUCAAUCUGACAGCAACAGUUGUAACAACAACAACAACCACAACAACAACAAUGCUAAACAUGUGACUAAUAAUAUGGGCUUAAUAGAGUGUGGCAUGCGCAGACAUACACCAGCAGCAGCAACAGCAGCAGCAGCAGCAACAACAAUACCAAAUUCACCACAUACAAUGUCUACAGCGACUGCAACAGCAAUGGCCGCAGCCGCUGCGGCAGCAGUGGCCGCCACUGACAAUUUUAUCAUUUAUCAAAAACAACAACAACACUUGCAGAAACAACAUCAAGCUCAGCAAAAGCAACAACUACAACAGCAACCACAUUUACAAGCACAACAAAAUCAGCAACAACAAAUGUUGCUACAACAGCAGCAACAACAACAUCAACAACAUUUCGACGCUGCAAUAAAGACGUUCGAACGCAAUGAACAAGCAACGACAAGCUCAGAUUUGAAUUUCGGUGGCAUUGUCUGUAUUGCUAGUGGCACAGUUGGUGCUGGUGUUGCUAAUAAUGGCAGUGUUGGUGGCGUAGGCAGCGGUGUUGCAUUGAGCACCACAACGCUUGGCGGUCUGCACAGUAAUUUGGAAAGUGAAUACAGCGCCAUGGUCGCGUCCGUGUAUGAGCAUGAAAUUGCCUACAGCGAUUGUGCAUCGGUCGCCUCGGAUCUAACCCGAAUGUAUGUCAGUGACGAAGAGGAUAAAAAUGAGUUUCCGGUUACGCAUUUCAAUUGAAAGUGUGAUGAUAACGAAACACUUCCACUACACAUAAUUAACACAUACAAAAGCAUAUACAUA